AUGCAGUCCGCAGAAUGGUUCAUGCCGCCGCAGGCGCUGGUGCCGGCGGUGGUCCUGAUCGUAUACCUAGUCUACAACUACUUGAUCUUUCCAACCCCUCGUUCAAUCGCCAAAUUGAGAUUCCUCAACGGCGAGCCCGGUGAAUGGGCGCCGUAUUAUCGAGCACUCUACCGCAACACCUUGGACUUGAAGAAGACGCUUCGCCGGCACCACACACAACAUAAGAAUGAGACGGUCCGCGUCCCCAUCCUGGGCCCGGGCCAAAACAAGCUUAUCCUGCUGCCCUCUGCCGAACGAAAAUGGCUCGUGGAUCAGCCCGACUCCGUCGUGAGCAUGCACGAGCAGACCAUCAACCACUUCCAAUGGGAUCUCGGCACCAUCUAUCCCACUCGGGAUCACAACAAGGUGACCAUCCACAUCAUAGCCACCAAGCUCACCCGAGAGAUCGGCAACCUGAUCCCAGCCCUCUCGGACGAGCUUGACCUCGCCCUGGCGAAGCACUGGGGUGACGAAGGCGACGGCGAGUGGAAGGAGGUGGGUGUUUACGACACGCUGAGGCCCAUCGUAAGCCAGGCAAUCAACCGCAUCUUCAUCGGGAAGAGACAUUGCCGGAACGAAGAGGUGCUCGAAACCGGCUUCUCGUACGCAAAGGUCAUUCCUCUCGAGGCGAACCUGCUCUGGCUGCUUCCGACCCCGCUGCGUCGUCUCCUGGCGCCUCUGGUGACCUUGCCAUCCCGCUGGUGCGAGAGGAAAUGGUUCAGGCUCACAAUCGACGAGGUUCGCAGACGGUUGGAGGCCAGAGGCCACCCGCAACAACACGGCACGGGAUCCGAGACUGAUGGCUGGCAAGAGGCUGAAGGAGCAGACGAGGCCGACCUGCUGAGCUGGUAUAUUGCGCACGGAGAAUCCCAGGACGACCCGUACCUCCUGGAUCCGGAAGUCCUCUCGGCGCGUAUCUUACUCCUCAACGCCUUCGCGCUGCACACCAACGUCUUCGCCAUCGCGCACAUGAUCCUCGACAUUGUCGGUUCCGGCGCCGAACAGGGUCCGAAGAUUGUGGCCCAGCUCCGUCAGGAAAUCAACGAGGUCCGCGCUGCCGACGGUGGGCAGCAAGGGUGGGACAAACGAUCGCUGGCCCGGCUCGAGCGGAUGGACAGCAGUUUCCGGGAAAGCCAGCGCGUCAACACCAUCUUGAGCCUGGGCCCGCUGCGCAUCGUGGGCAAGGACGGCGUCACGACGCCUUCCGGCGUCCAGAUCCCGCGCGGCUACCAAGUCGGAAUCCCGGCAUACUCGAUCCACUUUGAUACCGACAUAUACGGGCCCGACGCGGAGGCCUUCAACCCGUUUCGCUUCUACGACAAGCGGAAGGACGCGCGGGGGGCCGGUGAUAACAUCAAAGGGGCGAGGCAGGCAUGGGCUACCACGUCAGCCGACUACUUGUCCUUUGGGGCCGGGCUAAACAGCUGUCCCGGCCGUUUCUUUGCCUCUGGAAUGUUAAAGGUGCUGAUGGCCAACAUCCUGCUCAAGUAUGAGUUUGAGUUCCAAGAAAAGAGACCAGAGAAUCUAUGGCAGGGUGGAUCGAUGGCUGCUCAAAUCGCCAUCCGACUCCUAAUGGAGAACCCAUACGCCACACCACAGGAGUUACCGAUCAAGUUCCUGGUGCUCAUCAACAGCGCCGUGCCGCCUUUCAUCAUGCCGUUGGAUGAGCAAAAGGUUACGGAGCUGCCGAUUGAAGAGGCGCCAAAGCUGCGGAUGCUGUUCGACGUCUUCAAAGCAGAUCCCGCCGAACACCUGGACAAAUUGCGGCCAGUGAAGCUCGCCAAUGGUAGACAGGCUCUCGUAAAUAAAACGCACUACAUGACCUUUUUUGACAAGGCUUGGGAUGGCCACCCACUCUCCAUGCCGUCGCUGCACAUCACUGGCCUGGGCGAUGCGCCCGAGUACGGCCAGCAGCUGUUUGACAUUGCCGAACCCAGUCAAGCGGAGCAUAUUAAGCAUGUGUUUGGGCACGACUUCCCAAGAGGGCUGGAUAUGAACAAGACGAUUGCUAGGUCGAUACGGUCGCUGGCAGAGAAAGCUCUGUAA